UGCUGUGCAGAGGGUUCCAGCUAUGAAAACAUUUAGUCCCGAAAUCCCAUGGCUGAAUGUGUCAGGAAGGGUGUCCAGUGUAAAAACUGUGCAGAAUGACUUCAUGAACCUGGAUAUACAGUAAAGAAAGGCUGGUAGGAAGUUAGUCAAAAAAUGAAUUAAAAAAAACUAUUCUCUUUAAUUAUAAUAUAUUCUUCACAUUCUCAACAUAAAACAUAUUGAGCAGCUACAUUAGUUUAAUAUUCACUGUCGCAUUUCCUUAAGUUUUCUUUCCAAGAGAGAAGAAAGUUUUGACUUCAGAAGUGCGUUUUGAUAAGCAGUCGUGAGGCCUGAACCUUGGCUGCAGUUACCUGUAAUGUACAGUACACAGAGUGCACCAUGUAGGUGGAGCAGUCCACUGUAUUUUAAUUCCAUUCAUUCCUAUGACGGCUGGACCGGCACUCCCAGGCCAGUGGGCAGCACACAUGCACUCCUGUUUUCAUAGUAAAUUUGAGCCGGGCUGAGGUUCCUUAUCAGCUGCCAGCAGAGCAGAAACAGGACGUGGGGGCGGCCAGCGAUCCACCGCCCUGGAAGUCACAGGCCACAACAAACUUCAAACACAAUUAGUGCAGGUUUUCUUCUCCAUCACUACACUUCCUCUGAGAUCACUGUGUUAGUGUGAGGGUUUGACUCCUCUAAGGCUGCAAAAAUCCUUUGUUGUGACCGAAGCUAAAACACAAUUAGGCAGAAGAAAAAAAAGAGUUCAAUCAGACGGGAUUUGUGUCAAAGGACAACGAUAAAUACAUAUACUCAUACACAGGUCUGCAACCUGUGCUCUUCAGCCUCUCUGCCUCCAUUUGUAAACAGCAAAACAGCAUUAUGUCACUGUCCUCUCCCUACAAGGCUAAUUAUGAAAUAUCUCUAGCCAAAGUGCAGGUAGCCGGUAAAAAGUAAAGCAGCAAAAAAAUAUCAUCCUUUAUGAAAUUCAUUCCAUCUUGUAUUAUAAGUGCAGCAUUUACAAAUGUAUUCACUGCACUGUCAACUUGAUUUGAAAAAUUAAAAGCUUGUAGAGCCAGAAGUGGUACAUGAUAAAAGAAUCCUUGGUGUUCAAGGUUGCAGUACCACUGUGUAUUACUAAUCUGAAAUAAAUGCUGAGUCCAGUCAGUCAGUUAUUGAUAAGGUUAGAGUUAAGGUUUCAUAGAAGCUGAAGCAUCCACAGGUACCAGUGGGUUUCUGUUGACCAGAUACAGGAAGAGCUUCAGGUGUCUGCAGUUAAUAGUCCUGUACGCACAGUGAGGGUUGAAGAAACCAGUGUAUUUGUGUACUUUCUAACAAACCCCAGUCCCUUAGGUUACUAGUUUACUAGGUUUCUUUUCAACAACUUUAAAGACAGAAUUCUGCCAGCCUGUCCACAUGGUCAGGUGUGAAUGUCAUCCCAAAUGUUACAGUCUUUUUCAGUUCAGGACUUUAGUUUAGGGAAAGGCCAAGUUCCUAGGAAAUGUCUCUUUUUAAUUUUAUUUUCAGUAUUUGUUAUUAAAAAUACUGGUGGAGUCAUUUUUUGGUUUUUAUUUUUUUUUUAUUUUUGCAAAUAUCCAGUCAAACCAGUGAUUGGCCAUUUCCUAAGAGACAUAAAUAAAUAAAAUCGUUGCCUGUUAACAAAGUUAAGUUUUAAGUUUAAAAUAUUUGCGUAAAAAAAGAAUUAUGAGGAACUGUGAGGAUGAUCCUUUUGUCCUCAUCUGCUCCACAUCACCUCAUCAUAUCUGCACCGAUGUCUUCCCAGCACUGAGUCGUCACAGCAGAGUGAAAAACAACCGCUCCAUCUUUAAAUUGCCCCCGUGCGUAAAAAGCUGCGCGCUCUGAAUUUCUCUGAUCCAGGAUCAGUAUCGUCAGCCAUUAUUGACGCUCCUGCCUCCUGCCUCCUGCCUCCUCUCCACUUCACCCUGGCUCCUCCACUAGUGUUGCCUGGUUUUCUUGUUGCGUGGAAACUAACAGAGGCUGCACAGAGCGAGACCUGAACUGAAGCACCAGCAGCUGCGGCAGCAGCAGCAGCAGCAGCAGGAGUCGCAGCAGCACUGUGCCACAGUAGGAGCGCCUCUGACUGGCACAAGUUUAACCAGCUGCUGAAACACACCAAUGGAAGGUAACCGAGCCCUGCACCGAACCGCGGAGAGCUGUCACUCACUGGACCAGUUCAACGUGGACCCUCGCUGAUACAUCGCAGCAUGGACAGCAGAGGGAAAGCUGCAAAUACCUACUGCAGAGCCUGAUGUGGACGUCAACCUGCACGUCCAGGUGGUCCUUCCUGGAGCGCGCUCAUGUCCCACCAUGCCUUUACUUGCAGACUGGCUACUGCGCCACUCAGUGGUCAUGUGUCUGCUGCUGCACAGCCUGGUGCUAAUCUCCUUCUGCUUCCAGCACGCUGACACCAGUUGCUCCAAGAGCUGCUACUGCUCUGAGAAUGAGAGCAGCGGCAAGAUGAUGCGCUGCAGCAACCUGCAGCUCACAGAGAUCCCCCAGGACAUUCCCAACGACACGCAACGUAUUUACUUGGACUAUAACCUCUUAACAAAGGUCCCAACUAAUGCUUUCGCAGGUCUGCCUCACCUGGUCGAACUGGAUCUAUCACACAAUGAACUGAGUCGACUGGACCCAGCGGCCUUCAGAGGCCUGGGCCCCUCACUGAGGUUCCUGGACGUUUCUUCUAACAAAUUAGUCAACUUUAGUGCUGAGGCAUUUGAGGGCCUACGGUCUCGUGCCAAUCUAACAAACAAUCCAUGGCAUUGUGACUGCAACCUGCAGAGGGCCCUGCUUCGAGUGGACCUGGAGCCUACGUCACUGACGGGCAUUGUGUGCAACACAUCAGAACCUAAGGACAUUGGAGUUCAAGGACAGGCCAUUCUAUUAAAACAGGACGUAGACUUGUGCUUAGUGAUGAAGAGGACUACAGACGUGGCCAUGCUGGUCGUUAUGUUCGGCUGGUUUGCUAUGGUCAUCUCCUACCUGGUGUACUACGUCAGGGCUAACCAGGAGGACGCGCGCAGGCAUCUAGAGUACCUUAAGUCGUUGCCCAGCAAACAGGGAAAGUCUGAAGAAUCCUCGACUAUUAGCACUGUUGUAUAGGAAGAAGAACGGAGCUGCACUCGGGAGCUGACAUUGCUACCCACACUGAACUGGAUGGAGAUUAAGUUUGCAGCUACAUAGCAGUCAUCCAUCUCGGACCCGUUAGGCCAUCUGUCACAAAGCUAAUUUGAGCAAGUAGACAUAAGCCAGCACAAGAAACAGGGCAGAUGCAACCUAGCUCAGAUAAAUAAUUCAUCUUUCAGCAGCCCAUUAGGAGUAACUGUCAAUGGUCCAGUCUGGGCACUGUAAAAAGGAUAUCCAAAUAUGGGAUAUAAAUGGGAUUUAUCCACUGGUGCAUGCACUCUUCUCUCUCUCUCUCUCUCUCUCUCACACACACACACACUCACACACACACAGAAAUAGAGAGACACCAUCAGACAGCAAUAUGACGCAACCACAAAGCAACACUGAAGAACACUGUGUUCUGUAUUACAUUCAAUUCUGACAGUAUUCAUAAUUAAACAAAGUAAAAUGGUUUUUCACUCAAAGUUGUUUGUUUGGAUGUUUUUAUCUUCUCAAACUGAGUUACUUGAGUAUUUCACCAUUUAUGGAAUUUAGAAUCUCCUGAUUCUUAAUUGUCAAAGUCAUAUUAGUCCAAGGCCUAUAAAUACACACACACACACACACAUACAGCAUAUAUAUAAUAUAAUAUUGAAAAACAUAAUAGAGAAUCCUGACCAAUAACACAUAUAACAUGUACUCCUAUUUCAAAGCAUUUAUUCAGAGGACCUUGACAGCAACAGCAACUCGUCUAAACCCCCCCCAAAAAUCAAAUAUAUAGUAAUAUCAAUAUAUUUUGUGGAACAUUAAAGGUCAACAUUACAGGCUUAGUUGUGCCAAAAAGUUAAAAUUUGGAAAACUCAAACCCUUACUGCUCUUUUUUGCUUGCUUUUUUUCAACCUUUGUUGUGUAAGAACGCGCUUACACAACAAAGGUUGUGUAAGCGCGUUCUUGUCAAUACUGAAUCGUCAAUGUUUUAAAGAUUUCGAUGGAAGGCACAAGCGCUUUUUAAGGGUGUAUUUUCUUUCAUUUUCUUCAGGAUUAGGAUUUACAGUGAGUGCCUGCAGACAGGGCAGGUUUGUAAAGAGGAAAGAAAACAAGCACUUUGUUCAGUCAAGGUUGAUAGAGUUCUUUUAUCUGCUUAAUGGAAGCAGAGACUACAGAGGCAUUACACUGGAUGCUUACCUGAUACCAGAAACGCAUUGCAGCUCUGGAAUUACUCCUUAGCAUAAUAUGCUAAUGUCAACAUGUCAGUCUUUUUGUCACGGUCACAAGCCGCUGACCUUUUAACCAACAUAGUCGUAUUGUCAGAAAAUGUUGAUUUCUGAGAUAAUUAGAGGCUUACUGCAGUUCAGCUGCUCAUAAAACCAGAGAGCGAGACGAAGACUAUUAAUGACAGCAGGGUCAAGUUUGUCUCCAUCUCAGAAGAACCCUUCAGCAAACACUCAUUACUCUCACCUCUUCAACCCCAGUUAAUUAAAAGAAACACAGAGACAUCCCUGGUGGUCAUUCUGGCUGAUCUGGAGAGAGCAUCCAUGCUGCCCCCCCCCCCCACCUUGUGUCUUAAUAGUCACUGGCGGUGCCUCAGGGAGCCAUAUUGUCUAAUGCAGUCUCUCUCACGGGCUUUCCAAAUUACAUCUAUUGAUCAUUUAAAAAGAAGUGCCAUAAGUGUAGCUCUCCCGUUUCACCCCGUCCAUGGCGAGGAGCAAGAUGAAUUUGCGUCUCCUACUCUGAUGAAAUCACUGUUUCAAAUGAGACUGGGAAAAAGGGAAAUGUAUUUGAAGUGGAAAGGUAAUGUAAUCUACACCAGACAUGUGUCUUAGACGGCCUCUUGUCUUUCUUUUUUUUUUUCAGCUACUGCUGCCCUGAAUAAUGAAAUCAGACGUUUAAGAUACAGGAAACGGUCUGUCAACAAGGGUUUCCCUCUGUCCGACAAACAAAAUGCCCCCAGAGCAGAGGGAGAAUGAGAGAGAGAGGGACCGCUGUAAGAUUUAUGAUGGACGUAAAAACACCAGAGCAGAAAGUCUGGCAGUGCAUCCACUUGUGUGACCCAGUUCUCGGGGAAAGAUUAAGGGAGAACGCCACAGGGGAUCAAGCGGCCCCCUCUGCUGCGGCUGCUUAAUAGUCACACAGGCAAAUCUGAAAGGGUUUAACUGAGGGAGCGACGGCUGCCCCUAUUUAUUAGAUGUUUGAAUUUUUUACAGCCAACGUCUGAAUGCAGAGAAGGCGCCAUUCACACAGAGUGAAACAGAUCUAAUAGAUCUGUUUAUUGGGUUUGGGUUUAUUGGAGCUGUGGUUAAAACAUUGACAACUGAAAUAAAAAAAAAAAGAGUCAUCAAACUAAGUCUGGUGUCAUCAAACUAAACUUUAGAGAUUUUCGCCAUGUCUAAUUUCUUACUAUUUUUAGAGCUAUUGUUUUGGCUAGCUCUGUUUUUUUUUAAUAUAUCAACAUUGUCUGAAUUUGUCUAUUUUGUUGUUUUUAAUUUUGGUCUU